GGGGGUGGUAUAAUCCUCUCUGCUAGAUUUGCAAAGAGAAAACAAAAUCUCACAGAUAUAUUGGAUCCUCAGAAUCUCAGCUUUAGCCUUUUGCCUAUUUAAAGCAAAAACCCACCCACCUCUCUCUAUUUCCGCUUUCGUACGCCUCUCCUCUUUAAAGACUCUUCAACGCCUUCCUCACACAACCAACGCUUCUUCUUCAAAAAUACUCUGCUUCUCUCUGUUUUUUUAUUGUUUCCACGCGGACCCAUUUCAGCUGACUAGCUAAAUACUCCUCUUCAAGCUCUGCAAGGCUCAAUGGCGAUGGCCAGUGAGAUGUUCAGGCCUAAUUUGCCCGAAAGUUUUGAGCUUUCUGCUGAUUCUCAGAUGGGUUCUGGGGAGCUGCAUGUUCUUGCCGUGGAUGAUAGCCACGUCGACCGGAAGGUCAUUGAGAGGUUGCUAAAGAUAUCAUCUUGCAAAGUGACGGCUGUUGACAGCGGGACAAGAGCUCUGCAGUAUCUAGGAUUGGAUGGGGAGAAGAGUUCUGUUGGAUUUGAUGCUAUGAAGGUGAAUCUAAUAAUAACAGACUACUCAAUGCCUGGGAUGACGGGAUAUGAGUUGCUAAAGAAGAUCAAGGAAUCUUCAGCUUUUAGAGAAGUUCCGGUGGUGAUCAUGUCAUCAGAAAACAUCCUGACCCGAAUUGAUAGAUGUUUGGAGGAAGGAGCUGAGGAGUAUAUAUUGAAGCCAGUAAAGCUUUCAGAUGUGAACCGUUUGAAACAUUUCAUGAUGGGAGGAGGAGAAAGAAGAGAAAGUGCAGAGAAGAAGAUUCACAAGAGAACAUUUCAAGUUGACUACAAUGCAUCAUCACCUCCCUCUCCUUUACCGCAACUGUCUCCUUCGUUUGCUUGCAGUCUAGCAUCAUCUCAGCUACCGUCUUCAUCGCCAUCAUUGCCCUCGACACGGUUUUCGUCAAAGAGACCUAGAUUGCACAAGACAGAUUGAUAUUGUCUGCCAUUAUUAGGAUUUUGUAACUUCACGUUCAUACAGAGUGUCCCCAUUUGGCAGUAUAGAGAAUUUCCUGUUUUGCCACGUAUGUUUUCUUCCACAACCUUGUGUAAAUUUGCCAACAUAUAACUUUCACCCUGACCAGAAAAGAGAAAGGGGAAAAGGGUAGACAGAGACAUAUAAGCAAGUCUUGGGGUUGAAAGGUUCUUUCCUUCCUACUUUUUGUGGGUGUUGGAGAUGGAAAAUCUCAACACAAUCAAUGGAAAUCCCAAAUAUUUUGAGGGGAAUAUUUUGCUGUCUACUGAUCUUUAUUUUCAACCAUUCAA